AGCGCUUAUGUAUCUGUGGCGCUUACCAGUUAAAAUUGGACUUGUCCCAACUUCUUUGAUAUUGAAGCUUCAACCCAUUAGAGUUUAUGUACCAACUUAUAAAACUAAAGUUCAUACUCACUAUCUCAUAUCCCAAUUGUCAUACUAAAUUUUAUAGCACAGAUCAAUAUGGGUGCUGAAGAGUUUCAUGUAGUUCUAUUUCCAUUCAUGGCGCAUGGCCAUAUGAUUCCGAUCCUUGAUAUAGCGCGGCUCUUUGCAGCUCGCGAUAAUGUGAAGGCUACCAUUAUUACCACCCCACUCAACGUCACCAACUUCACCAAAGACAAUGAAAGCAACAUGGAAAGCAGUGCCCCAAUCGUUAAUAUUGAGGUGUUCAGGUUUCCUGCACAAGAAGUUGGCUUACCUGAAGGUUUUGAAAAUUUGGAGAAAGUAAUGAAACCUGAGUUACUCAACAAAUUCUUCAAAGCUGCAGGGAUGCUAAACGAGCAGCUCGAGCAAUACUUAGAGAAGAUACGACCUAACUGCCUUGUUGCUGAUAUGUUUUUCCCUUGGGCAACUGAGUCAGCAGCCAAGUUCAACAUCCCAAGGCUAGUCUUUCACGGUACUAGCAACUUUGCCCUUUGUGCUCAAGAGAUUGUUAGGCUAUAUAAGCCUUUUAAGAAUGUCACAUCUGACAAAGAGCCAUUUGUUCUUCCUUCACUCCCCCAUGAUAUACAGAUGAGAAGAUUGCAGAUCCCAGAAGAUUUGUGGAAAUAUGACGGAACAGAAUUCGAAAAGAGGAUGGAUAGUUUGAAGGACUCAGAGAUCAAAAGUUAUGGAGUGCUUGUUAACAGCUUUUAUGAGUUAGAGCCAGAUUAUGCAGAGUUCUUCAAAAAAGAAUUGGGAAGGAAGACUUGGAAUAUAGGCCCUGUUUCAUUAAGCAACAGAAGUGUAAAAGAAAAAUCUCAAAGAGAGAAAGAACCUUUGAUCGAUCAACAUGAGUGCUUGAAAUGGCUUAACUCAAAGAAACCUGAUUCGGUAGUUUACAUCUGUUUUGGAAGUACAGCAAGUUUCAUAGCUCCUCAACUGCAUGAGGUGGCACUGGCCCUAGAAGCGUCAGGGCAAGAAUUCAUCUGGAUCGUAAAGAACGAUGAGAAUGGAAGAAGUAAAGAGUGGCUGCCACCAGGAUUUGAACAACGGACGGAAGGGAAAGGAUUAGUUAUUAGGGGGUGGGUUCCGCAGGUGCUAAUCCUAGAGCAUGAAGCCAUAGGAGCUUUUGUGACUCACUGCGGGUGGAAUUCAACACUAGAAGGGAUCUCAGCUGGCGUGCCAAUGGUUACAUGGCCUAUUUUUGCCGAACAAUUCUACAACGAAAAGUUGGUAAACCAGAUUUUAAAUACUGGUGUCCCUGUCGGAGCGAAGAAGUGGAGUAGGACACCUUCUAUAGAGGAUAUCAUUAAGAUGGAAGCUAUACAGAAAGCAUUGACAGAUAUUAUGGUGGGAACAGAGGCAGAGGAGAGAAGAACAAGAGCAAAAAAGCUGAAAAUUUUGGCAUAUAAGGCUGUUGAAGAAGAUGGUUCAUCAUAUUCAGACUUAACUGCAUUGAUGAAUGAAUUAAGCGCCAAUCGCCUACAAGAGCAACAGUAGCAUAUAACAAUUUGUUGAAUAUAGCUCAACAGAUUCUUUUUCUACUGCUACUAACUUGCCAUCUCAGCAAAGUUAGUUAUAGAUUUCUAGCUUAUUUCUUCUUUGUUUAAUCCUUCUUGUUGUAAAGUAUAUAAAUAUCCAUAAGCUGUAAUUCCCUAGUUUCAAUUAAGUUAAUGCAAUAAAAACAUAUUCUAUUCUCUCUAAAA